AUGAAGAGUCUUUCAUCAUUGUUUCAAUCCAAGAAGGACAAGAAUGACUCGUCUAAUCCUCAGAUCUCAGUGAAAGAGUCAAACGCCAGCACCAGCUCCUCCGAUCCCUCCUUGUCCUCCCUCCAUCCCUCCCUCCCUCCCUCCCUUUCUUCGCCGAUCCCAUCCGUCAAGCAAGAGCCUCAGAAAUGGAUCGUGGGAAAGCAGUAUCCUGUGAUCCCAGGAGAGCUCUUCUUCAUGUCAAUUCGCGAUCAAGAAAAACUCUUGGAAUUGCAGGAAUGGCAGAGAGCCAAUGGGGUGAAUGUGGAUAGAGUCUUCUUCUCCACGGAGGGAGAGCUUCAAUACUUCCCCUUCUGUGCUGACUUUGGGCCGAUGAAUCUGGGUAUGACGUACAGGUUCAUCCUCUUGUUGGAGCAGAAGCUGCAGCAGUGCAAGAAGAUGGGCAAGAAAGUGGUUUAUUACACCUCAGCAGACCCCGCCGAGAGGACAAACGCGGCCACUCUGAUCCUCGCCUACCUGGUCAUGAAGAGAGACUGGUCGCCGGAAGACGCCAUGGCAUCCCUUACCUUCACUGGCCGGCAGCCGUUUCUGGGUUUCAGAGACGCUUCUUUCCAACAGCCUACAUUUGAACUUUCAAUCCUACACGUACUCAAGGGCCUGAGAAAAGCCAAGCUGUGCGGGCUCAUCAACUUUGACACCUUUGAUCUUGACUUCUACGAAUACUGCGAUCAUCCUUCAAUGGCGGACCUGCAUUCCAUUGUUCCCAACAAGUUUGUUGCGAUGAAAGGGCCGCACGAGAGAAGUUACAUGAAGGACGGAGUUCAAUUCCUCGCUCCCAGUCACUACUUUGACAUCUUCAAACGACUUGGAGUCUCGGCGGUUAUUCGACUCAACGACGAACAGUAUCCGGCAAGCGCUUUCACCGACAUGGGCAUCAACCACUACGACCUCUACUUCGACGACUGCACUGUCCCGCCUCGAGAGAUCGUCGAUCGUUUCUUCGAGGUCUGUCGCAAGGAGAAAGGAGCCAUCGCCAUCCACUGCAAGGCUGGCCUCGGAAGAACGGGGACGCUAAUUUGUCUGUGGAUCAUGAGGAAGUGGAAAUUUACUGGAAGAGAAGCCAUUGGCUAUAUUCGUGUUGUUCGUCCUGGUUCCAUCCUCGGGCCCCAGCAGGAGUUCCUCGUGGAGAUGGAGAACGAGAUGUGGCAGCUUGGGGACCCGGACGUCGCUACUCUUCCAGCAAGACCCCAGCAGAGACAAAAACCCACGGCAAGCACAGCAGAGGAGGAGAAGGAGCGAGAGGCAGCAAGAGCACGGGCCAAGGAGAACACUGAAGCCAUGAACCGAAGAGCCGCUCAGAUGGCUGCUCGCCUGAGAUGA